GAGAGCAGAGGGGAAGAAGAGACUUUGCUGUGUUUUUCCGGUGAUUUCCGAACUUCAGAACCCUUACAUUUUCGCCGGAUUCUUGACAAAGCGUCAUGCUUAGGUUGCCGGUUUCUCGAUGGAAACCUAAAGCUUGAAGUUGUGUUGCUCAGUUUCGUCAUUUCUCAGGACAACUCGUUGUUGUCCUCUUUCUUUCGAUGUCUUGGCCUUGCUGUCGAUAUUCUGAGAUCUGAAAGCUAAGAGCUCUCAAUGUAAAUGCAGUUUGAUACUGAUGACCUGUGGAAUUGAUCCAAGCUUGAAGUAUUGAUACAUCCAAAAUCUCUCUAUUGCAACCAUGGUGUCUAGAUCAUGCUCAAACUUUUUAGACUUGGCUUCUGGGGCCCUACUGGAUCUACCUUGUACUCCUCGAGCCCUUCCACGAGUGAUGACUGUUCCUGGAAUUAUUUCUGAUGUAGAUGGAGAUGGGGGUAAUGAUGGGGGUUCAGAUGCUCUCUCCUCUGGAUGCCGUGAGCGGAAAAUUAUUGUAGCGAACCAUCUUCCUUUGCAUGCUCAGAAAGAUACGGAAACAGGCAGAUGGUGCUUUAGUUUGGAUGAGGAUGCACUUCUGUUACAAAUGAAGGAUGGCUUCUCAUGUGAAUGUGAGGUUAUUUAUGUGGGCUCUCUGAAGGUUGAUGUAGAUGUCGGUGAACAGGACGAGGUUGCCCAGAAACUGCUGGAGGAUUUUAAUUGUGUGCCCACAUUUCUGCCUCCUGACCUUCAGAAAAAUUUCUACCAUGGAUUCUGCAAGCAACAGCUGUGGCCUCUGUUUCAUUACAUGCUGCCUAUUUGUCCGGAUCAUGGCGAUCGCUUUAACCGGUCUCUUUGGCAGGCUUAUGUUUCUGCAAAUAAGAUAUUUGCUGACAAGGUCAUGGAAGUAAUUAACCCCGAGGAAGAUUAUGUCUGGGUUCAUGAUUAUCAUCUUAUGAUACUUCCAACUUUCUUAAGGAGGCGGUUCAAUCGAGUCAAGCUUGGGUUCUUUCUUCAUAGCCCAUUUCCUUCAUCAGAGAUUUAUCGGACUCUGCCAGUUAGAGAUGAAAUUUUGAGGGCACUGCUGAAUUCUGAUCUAAUAGGUUUUCAUACAUUUGAUUAUGCUCGGCACUUCCUGUCUUGUUGCAGUAGGAUGUUGGGUUUGGAUUAUGAGUCUAAGCGGGGGCACAUUGGACUUGAAUACUUUGGUCGCACAGUAUACAUUAAAAUUCUGCCUGUUGGUGUUCACAUGGGUCAGCUUGAGUCUGUAUUGAAUCUUGAUGCUACAUCUGUUAAAAUCAAAGAGAUCCAAGAACAGUUCAGAGGGAAAAAGUUGAUCCUGGGUGUUGAUGACAUGGAUAUAUUUAAAGGAAUCAGCUUAAAACUGCUAGCAGUAGAGCAGCUUCUGCAGCAGCAUCAGGAUUUGCAGGGCCAACUGAUUCUGGUCCAAAUCGUGAAACCUGCAAGGAGUACUGGGAAAGACGUAGAGGAAGCAAAGAGGGAAACAUAUUCAACUGCCAGAAGGAUCAAUGACACCUAUGGUUUACCGGGCUAUAAUCCAGUGAUCCUCAUUGAUCGCCCUGUUCCUCUAUAUGAGAAGAUUGCUUUUUAUGCAGUUGCUGAAUGCUGCUUUGUAAAUGCAGUUAGGGAUGGAAUGAACUUGGUCCCAUACAAGUACGUUGUUUGCAGGCAGGGAACUCCACAGUUGGAUGAAGCUAUGGGCAUCUCUGUGGGGUCCCCUCGCACUAGCAUGCUUGUUGUGUCUGAGUUCAUAGGUUGUUCACCAUCUCUAAGUGGAGCAAUCAGGGUUAAUCCUUGGAACAUUGAUGCUGUAGCUGAUGCCUUAAAUUUGGCUAUUAUGAUGCCUGAUGCCGAGAAGCAAUUGCGGCAUGAGAAGCACUAUCGUUAUGUCAGUUCUCAUGAUGUAGCAUAUUGGGCCCGCAGCUUCAUUCAGGAUCUGGAGAGAGCAUGUAAAGAUCAUUACAGUAAACGAUGCUGGGGAAUUGGGUUUGGGAUGAGUUUCAGGGUUGUUUCUCUUUCACCAAGUUUUAGGAAAUUGUCCAUUGACCAUAUGGCAUCAGCAUACAAGAGAACCAAUAGAAGGGCAAUAUUUCUGGACUAUGAUGGCACAGUUGUGCCCCAAUCAUCUAUUAAUAAGAAUCCCAGCCCUGAAGUUAUAUCUGUUCUAAAUAGCCUAUGCAGUGACCCUAAAAACACAGUGUUUAUUGUUAGUGGUAGAGGGCGAAAUUCUCUGAGCGAAUGGUUUGCCCCUUGUGACAUGCUGGGAAUAGCAGCUGAACAUGGGUAUUUCAUAAGGUGGAGUAAAUCCUCCGACUGGGAAACCAGUUCAUUGGCUACCAACCUUGACUGGAGACAAAUUGCAGAACCUGUAAUGAGAUUGUACACAGAGACCACUGAUGGGUCUUACAUAGAGACUAAGGAGAGUGCAUUGGUCUGGCAAUAUCAAGAUGCAGACCCUGACUUCGGAUCUUGCCAGGCCUUGGAAUUGUUGGAUCAUCUAGAAAAUGUACUUGCAAACGAGCCAGUAGCUGUCAAGAGGGGCCAGCAUAUUGUCGAAGUCAAACCACAGGGAGUAGGUAAAGGAUUGGUUGCGGAGAAGCUUCUGUCAACAAUGGUUUCCAAUGGGAAGCCACCUGAUUUUGUCAUGUGCAUUGGAGAUGACAGAUCCGAUGAAGAUAUGUUUGAGAGCAUAUUAAGUACGGUUUCUGGUCCUUUAUUGCCUGCAGUUCCUGAAAUCUUUGCGUGUACAGUUGGACAGAAGCCAAGCAAAGCAAAGUACUAUCUAGAUGAUACUGUGGAUGUCAUGAAAUUGCUUCAAGGCCUUGCUAAUGCUUCGAGCCAGAAGCCAAGAUAUAGUGGCCAACAUCAAGUUUCUUUUGAAAGCACACCUUGAGAUGCUGGAUGCUUGUUUUGUGUGUUCAGAUGGAUAGAUGCAGAGUGAUGGAUAUAAUCGGGAUGGAGCACUUCUGUUUAGGGUUGUUUUGCUUUGACAAACAGCUAGCUUCCUAGCAUGCUCUUAGGGGGAGAUUCUCUGCCAAGAAUCGUGGGAUAAGUUGCAACAGUUUAAUGUCCACUUAAUGUGAUGAAUUGUAGAGUCUGCCAAUGCAGUUUUGGUUUUCUUGGGAGAUGGGAGGUUCAAAAUGUUGCCUCACUUGAAGAAUCCUUCUUUUGGCUUCUGGGUUUCUUGGAGGAUGGGGUGGGGGAAGUAUAUAGCAUUUUGGGGAGCAGGUAGCUGUUUGAAAUUGGUUUCAAUGUUCAUAAUUGGUUUUUUGAUAUGAAGCCACCAUCCAUUUGUAUAGCUAUACAAUCUCGCUUUUUCU